AUGCGGGUAUACUCAGCUCUAAUAGCUUCAAGACUCCCUAGCUGCAGACUGAUCGUCAACAGUCGUCUCCACCGCACAACAAGCACAGCGACAACCUCCUCAAUUCACAUUGAUAAAUAUAUUGGCCAAUCUGGCCACCUCCAAGACAUAAACAACAGGUUACGCAACAAUGCCAGCCAUGUUCGUCUUCCUCAGGAUAUCAUCCCUGAUAAAUUAAUGUUUGUCUUUGAAUACUUCACCGGUCAUCUUCUACACCUAGCUCAACAGGACUUGUCUCUACAAACAAGGAAAAGGCUCCUAAAAGAAGGUCUUCGUGCAAUUGCUGAAAUGCAUGAUAAAGAUAUUGUUCAUACAGACAUCAAACCGGACAACUUCUUCGUCAACUGGAAACAUUCCGAUGAUGGCAUCACAAUCGGGAAAGUCCAGCUUGGUGAUCUUGAAGACGCUGUAUACAUUCCCCCUGGUUCAUGUAUGCGUGGGAAGCAAGCAGGCAACUGGAUGUGGAGGAGCCCCGAAGCGCAUGCUAGAGGAAAGGUGAAUAAACCGUCUGAUAUCUUCUCUUUUGCUCUCGUUCGGGUCAUAUUUGCGGUCAGCGACGACGAAUUGGAUGAGGGCAUUGAUCGAUUAGCCAUUGUGAUUGAGCGUCAGAUCUCAUACUUCGCUGACAAAGAUGGAUUCCAUGGAUUUCUCGAAUGCCUUGAUGAUAAUCCUUGGGCGGCUGUCUUUAAUAUAACGCUAAAUGGAUUCAAUCAAGAGAAUCCGGUCAGACCAUUUUUGCUUUGGAAGGGAGUUGACGAUGAUUUUAAAAGUCUUAUCUGUGCCAUGACAAAUUUUGAUCCAAGGAGAAGACUUACGGCACGAGAAGCAUUGGCACAUAAAUGGUUUGACGAUGCACGGUACAUGGUUAUUCUAUUCCACAACUCCCUGUUGCAUGUCAACUAUCAAUUAGCAAAGUUGUAUGUAUCACGUGACCUGGAUCUCUGUACCUCCCGCCGUCCAUCCCAAUCCGUCCCCAAUUGCUCUUUGCUGGUCUCCAUUAUGGCCGACAGCGCAUAUCCAUACGACACUAGCAUUGUGCGCGAGCUUCUGAAGAAUAAGCGGAAGUCCCGCGGCAUCCGAUCCUGCUUUCCUUGUCGACACCGCAAGGUCCGCUGCGACGGCCAGGUUCCUUGCUCCAGCUGUGUCAAACGCAACCAUCCAGAGCUAUGUCGUGUGCCAACAUCUUCUGAGACCGGGAACGAGGAUCAUCCUCCUUCUGUCGCCGCCGAUGUUCCUCAGGGACCAUCUCAGAACUACAAUUCAACGAACCUCGAAAAUGACAGUUCAUCGGUUAACCCAGGUGACGCAACGGCGACCCUCAUCUCCCGCUUGGAGGCCAUCGAGGAACAAAUCGCCUUGCUGAAAGCUGAUCUUGUAGCUACGGCGGCGGCGGCGACCACAACCACGCCUGCCUCGCAGCCCAGCCCCCUGACUGACAGCGUUGCCCGACUACCUGGCAUGCGUGUUCGACCUGCUAGCAAAUCACCUGGCCGGUACGUUGUCGAAGAUGCUACAGGUGCGACGAUCUACCUCGGUCGACACGCGGACGCACCGCUGGCGCUGGGUUGCCGCCAGACCACGAUGUCGGCGAUGACGGGAGAUCUUUCUCUGCAAGAUGCCCUGAUCAACCAAUGCAUGCCGCGAGCAUACCCAUUCAUAAACCUCUGGGGUGCAGACGCAACCGUGAGCGAUGUGUGCCAAACACUGCCUGAGGAUUCGGACGUGAUCCGCUACUGGCAGGCGUACCAGACUAAAGCGUACCCAUUUUAUCCAGCGCUGGCGGCAAUUGAUGAGUUUGCGCAGGCGUUGUUCGCCUUCUUGGACCAGCGAAUGCUGGCACACGAGGCGACGACGCCGUCGGAGGAGCCAAGCUCGUCUUGGAUGGCGCUACUGUUUGCUGUUCUUGCAUGCGGGGUCCAGUUCUCGGAUGAUCCCAUUCAGGAGCGCGAUUUGCGGUCAAAAGUGCUUAGCGCUGACUGUGGGCAGUUUGCUCGUCAUUUCAAUGUCUGCGCCAUGGCCUUGAUUGGGCACUGUCUGCGAAACAAUCUGGAUACCAACAGUGCGUGGAUCCUCAUGGGCGCGACUAUACGACUAGCGCAAAGUAUCGGGCUUCAUGAAGCAUCUCCAUCUUUGCCGGAGGCAGAGCAGUUUGAGCGAAGCAGAUUAUGGUGGGUGCUCAUCUGGCAAGACACGUUCCUCUCUUUCACUUACGAUCGUCCCCUGGGAACAAUAGCGAUGAGCUGUCCAAUCCCAUACAAACAUGACACGGAUGGUCUCAGCUUCCAGGAAUGUGUCUUCGCAAUCUGCCAUCAGAUCAUCGAAGAAGCGCGCCAGAAAACCACAGAUGGACCGCAGGACCCCUUAGAGAGCAUGCGCAAAUCCAAACGCCAGCUUGAUGGCAUCCGCGAUGCCGCCGCCCUUUUCCUCGCGGACAAGCGCCGAUGCGUCUCGCUACAGGACCAUCUCGAGCGAUUGGCGCUCGGUGUUCAUCUCGGGUAUGUGACCUGCCGAAUCGACCGGGUAUACCUGGAUGGCCAUACUGGCGCGCCCUUUCCAACUGCCAUAGCCGUGGACUGCGUGCAGCGCGCGAUGCAGGCUAUCGAGAGCUUUCUCGAUCUCCACCGAUACUCAGCCAGCGUGUGCCGCUCCUGGGCCUUUGUUCACAACGCGGUGAGCUGCGCCAUCACGCUCAAAAGCCUCAACCAUGUGCCAGUCGAUGAGCGGCGCAAGUCGGACCUCCUUGUGCAGCGACUGAUAGCUGUGCUUGAAAAGGAAGAGAAAGACUCCGAGUGGUGCGACGACGACACCAAUGUGCGCUACUUCGGGCCGUACUCCAGGGCUCUCAAAGCCCUGCGUGAAAUUUGCCACAGUACCGGCUGAAUACUUGCUAAUAUUCAUAACACGUCUAAUAUACACUACAAAGUACUUUGUCU